GUUAAUAGUAUAAUUGUAAAGAAAAAAGUGUUUAGCGAUGGUUUAUACAAUUGUACAUCAGCACCUGGAAAACGGUGGUCAAUUGAUACACCGAUACAGUACUACAUUGGAGUACUUUAUUUUACCCUUGUACUGUAUGUACCAUGCCUUUUGGUAAUGGCUCGUGCGUCGUUGACACAACAUUCCUGUUUUAAAAUUAUGUUCUUUUUGGGAAUCAACGAUAUUUUAUGCCUAUAUCUUGGCGGUAGCCUUGCUGGUGUACUUUCAAUUUUGGGUUAUACAUAUUGCUCAAGUCCUAAUUUACUGUAUGUUGUUGGAUGUUUUGGUUUGGGUACGUCAUUCCCGGUUUUUUCUUUUUUUUUUUAUUUUGGAGAGACAAAUCAUUUACUCAGUUGUGGAUUUUUUGUCAUUUUAACAAUGGAUCGCUUCGUUGAUUUAUUCUAUCCAACGGUGCAUGUCUUUACGCCUAAAAAUGUUUCGUACUGGUGUCUUUUACCAGGUUUCUGUCUUCAUUUACUUGAAUUGUUUUUAAAACCGUUUGAAGAGUAUAAAACUAUUGUCUCAAAUUUUUUUAAGAAUUUUUUUCCACCUAAUCUACCCGCUCCCUGUCUUUUUUUUUCGAAUUUUUUCAAAAGUUGA